AUGGGGAGAGCCUUUGUGUAUGUGAUUCUUGGGGGAGGCGUGGCUGCUGGCUAUGCUGCUCUUGAAUUCGUCAAAAAAGGGGUCUCUCAUGGUGAACUCUGUAUUAUUUCCGAGGAACCAGUUGCACCUUAUGAAAGACCUGCAUUGAGCAAAGGAUUUUUGCUUCCAGAAGCUGCUGCACGGCUUCCAUCCUUUCAUACCUGUGUUGGUGCUAAUGAGGAGAGGCUAACUCCCAAAUGGUAUAAAGAACAUGGGAUUGAAUUAGUUCUUGGAACCGGAGUUAAAUCUGCUGAUGUGAAACGCAAGACACUUUUAACAACAACUGGAGAGACCAUAAGUUACAAGUUUCUUAUUGUUGCUACUGGUGCACGGGCUUUGAAGCUGGAAGAAUUUGGGGUGAGUGGAUCAGAUGCAGAAAAUGUCUGCUAUUUAAGAGAUAUAGCAGAUGCAAAUAGGCUUGUCAAUGUUAUGCAAUCUUGUCCUGGAGGGAAUGCUGUUGUCAUUGGUGGUGGAUACAUAGGCAUGGAGUGUGCAGCAUCUCUAGUGAUCAAUAAAAUAAAUGUAACAAUGGUGUUCCCCGAGGAACAUUGCAUGGCUCGUUUAUUUACCACGAAAAUAGCUAACUACUAUGAAGAAUAUUAUAAAUCAAGAGGAGUAAACUUCGUUAAGGGAACUGUGCUAUCAUCAUUUGAUUUUGACUCCAAUGGGAAGGUUACAGCUGUUAAUCUUAGAGAUGGAAGCACCCUAUCUGUGGACAUGGUUGUGGUGGGAAUUGGAAUACGUCCAAAUACAGGUCUGUUUGAAGGCCAGCUCACUUUGGAGAAAGGUGGAAUCAAAGUAAAUGGGAUGUUGCAGUCAAGCAACGGCUCAGUGUAUGCCAUUGGAGAUGUUGCUGCAUUUCCAGUCAAAGCAUUUGGGGAAACUCGAAGACUUGAGCAUGUUGAUUCAGCUCGGAAGUGUGCAAAACAUGUUGUUGCUGCCAUAUUGGAACCAGACAAAACAGGAGAAUUUGACUACAUUCCUUUUUUCUACUCCAGAAUCUUCACAUUGUCUUGGCAAUUUUAUGGGGAUAAUGUUGGGGAAGUUGUCUAUUAUGGAGAUAUGUCAGGCAGUGCAUUUGGAGCUUACUGGGUAAGCAAGGGUCACCUUGUUGGGGCUUUCCUUGAAGGUGGAACUAAAGAAGAGUAUGAAGCUAUAGCCAAGGUCACUAGGUUAAGGCCAGCAAUUGAAGACUUGACGGAACUGGAGAGACUGGGUUUGAAGUUUGCGGUUUCAGUUAGCCAGAAACCAGCGGUGUCACCCCCGGUUGAGAUCCGGGCCUCGGACCUACUUUUGGAGAAACCAUUAUAUGCUUGGCAUGCUACUGCUGGGGUUAUUAUUGCUGCAUCAAUAGCUGCAUUUGCGUACUUUUAUGGGAAAAAGCGCCGCAGAUGGUGA